AUGCCGAGCAACGUAGCGCGGUCUUUCACCUUUCUCUUGCUUCUGGCGGCAGGUUUGCCUCCUGGUAGAACAGCGGAGGUGUCCGUGUGGGACGUGGACGUUAACACGACACAGCACGCCGUCUUCCGGAAGACACUGUACGCCAACACCACUGUCUACAUGAAAUUCCAAGGUGACAUUGGCGCGUGCGACCGAAACUUGGCCUUCAAUGUCAGCUGGUACCUGCGCUCCUCCGUGUGCUACAAUGAGAUUUUCAACACGCCUGACAACAAGGCCAUCAACAUGUUCGCCAUCAAGCACAUGCUAAAGGAGGGCUGGAGUGGCUUUUACAGUGAGGGCUACGUCUACUUUGAGAACUGCUCGACUCUCUUUUUGCCCAAGGCUUACUAUCCCGAUUUCCAUCCAUAUCAACCUCUGUCCAGCCCAAAGGCUGACCCUUCAAAUCAAAGCUUCAUUUGGCCUGACAAGCCGGACUUGGGCGCCGUCGCCAAGGCGUGGGAGGACAGCCCAUAUUUGUUUAUGGUCAAGGUGCAGCCACUCUACCACGGCACGGAGGAAGACGACUUUGCGGCUGAGCAGCUAAACUUUGACUUCACCAUGAAAGUGGAGAUGAAAGGACCACAUGAUUAUUCCUCACCAGCCGACUGGCCUCAGAUGAUGUUCUUCAUGAUCAUGUGCAUUGUCUACGUGCUUUUCGGCGCUCUCUGGCUCUUCUGGUGCGCCUGCUACUGGCGGGACCUGCUGAGGGUCCAGUUCUGGAUCGGUGGCGUCAUCAUCUUGGGCAUGCUUGAGAAAGCCGUCUUCUACUCCGAGUACCAGAACAUCCGCUACCGAGGAGAUUAUGUGGAGGGUGCAGUGAUUUUUGCUGAGCUGCUCUCUGCAUUGAAGCGAUCUCUCGCUCGGAUCCUGGUCCUCAUCGUCAGUCUUGGUUACGGCAUCGUCAAGCCAAGGUUGGGUACCACGGUGCACCGGCUAGCCGCUGUCGGGUUGCUCUACCUGCUCUUCUCAUCGGUGGAAGGCGUGCUAAGAGUAACGGGUGGUUUUUAUGGCACAGUGGCCUUGGUAGCGAACCUCAGUCUCUCCCUCAUUGACUCCUGCGUCAUGUGGUGGAUUUUCAUCAGCUUGUCUCAAACCACUCGCCUCCUGAAGCUGCGCCGGAACGUGGUCAAGCUCUCCUUGUACCAGCACUUCACCAACACACUCAUCUUCUCCAUGCUGGCCUCCAUCGUCUUCAUCAUCUGGACCACUAAAGUCUUCAAAUUGGUGGACUGCCAGAAGAGCUGGCGGGACUUAUGGGUGGACGACGCCUUCUGGCGGCUGCUCUUCUCCACGAUCCUGCUGGUCAUCAUGGUGCUACUGCGCCCCUCAGCCAACAAUCAAAGGUUUUCCCACUCGCCACUAAUCGAUGAUGAAGACGAAGAUGAGGCCAAAGAGCCCAUGUUGAACGAAGCCUUUGAGGGGAUGAAGAUGAGAGUAUCCAAACCGGACGCCAACGGUUCCCAGAAGCUUUUGAGUAAAGAGGAUGAAGACCUAAAAUGGGUGGAGGAAAACAUUCCCACAAUGGUUGCAGAUGUAGCCCUACCAGCAAUGCUAGACGAAGAGGAGGAAAUCCUAAAAACUAAAAUGGAGCGAUCCAAGAUGGAGUGA